GCGGCUGUAGCGUUUAUAUGUAAAAAUCUUUUUUAUGCCUCCAUGCUAAUCAUUGUUAUCAUGUGACUUGGUUAAGGUGUUAAUUUUUGCGUCCUACAUUUUCCUCCUAAAGUACGAAGAUCGGCUUGGUUCGUUGCUGGGGAGAACUCUGGGUACUGUGACGUGUGAUGAUGGCUCAGAUGUUAAGAUCCCAUCUGAUCAAUGCUUCGGGAAUUUCUAAUCCAAUUAGGACACUUCCGCAUCUUGGUGUCCUUCAAAGUAGAAUGAUAUUGACCCACAGGUCCAAAAAGAAGCUCAGUGAAUAUUACAGGCUGCUGAAUUUGGACGAGGGAUGUUCUGCGGAUGAUGUAAGGGAGUCCUUUCGCAAGCUUGCGAAGCAGUACCAUCCAGACAGCGGCUCUGAGACCGCUGAUGCUGCAGCGUUUAUAAGAAUCGAAGAAGCUUACAGGAAAGUGCUUUCCCACGCGAUGGAACAAAGCAAUGCCAGGAGGCAUAAAGUUGAAGAAGCAGAGGAAGAAGAAGAAGAUAAAUUCAAAUAUAAGACGCCCCAGCACCGGCAUUACUUAAGUUUUGAAGGUGUUGGUUUUGGGACUCCGAGUCAACGAGAAAAACAGUAUAGGCAGUUUAGGGCAGACAGGGCAACCGAGCAGGUGAUGGACUAUCAGAAGCAGAAGCUACACGGGCAGUACUUUGCUGACAGUGUCACAGUUAGGGAUGUGAAACACAGCAGAGAACAAAAGAUAACUCAGGCCAUCGAGCGUCUAGUGGAGGACCUCAUUCAGGAAUCCAUGGCCAAGGGAGACUUUGACAAUCUCAGUGGGAAAGGGAAACCCCUAAAGAAGUUUUCUGGCUGUUCCUAUCUUGACCCCAUGACCCACAACCUGAACAGAAUCUUAAUCGACAAUGGCUACCAACCAGAGUGGAUUCUAAUGCAAAAGGAGAUCAAGGAUACCAUCGAGCAACUCCGAGAGGCCAUUUUAAAUGCUAGGAAAAAGCUGGGGAACCCCAUGACAGCAGCUGAGCGCCAGCAGUGGAGCCAAGUCUGCGAGCAGUUUCAAGAAAACAUCGGGAAGCUAAACAAGCGAAUUAAUGAUUUUAAUUUAAUUGUUCCCAUCCUGUCCAGGCAAAAAGUUCAUUUUGAUGCACACAAAGAAAUUGCCAGGGCUCAGAAAAUAUAUGAGACCCAUAUGAAUGCGAAAGAAGUUGCAGAUCCAAACUCGGAUCACAUCACUGAGGGAGAAAGAGAGAAAACAGCUACAGUCAAGACAGGUGUUUUUAAGUGGGUGAAUCUGUGCAAAUUGAUUAAAAUCUGACCAAUCA